AUGGGUGAAUCGAAAAAGUCAAAGGCGGCUCAAACAGCAACAACCGUCUCGCAAGCUGCGUCGAAAUCGCAACUUCUGGUUGGUGGGGACAUGCAUGUCAUUGCAGCUGAUGUGGGACCCGCGCGUGCAAUCGGAUCGUCUGCGCUUUUCAACUUCAAGUCCCUGCUGCUCGUCAUCCUGCUCUUAAUCUGCACGAGCACCUAUGUCCACCACUUUACGCCCGGCAUCAUGGACCGGAACAAGAACGGGUACGGCGCAAUCCCAUAUGAAUCGCACGGAUCGUUGUACGCCGAAUGCUGA